UAAGAACUCUGAUUCCUACUAGGUUUUGCAAAAAAGGAUUUGUCAUUUAUACAAUAACGAAGAUUCUUAUUAAUAUUAUUUUGCUAUUUGUAGCCGUUGCCUCCGAUCGUCUGGCCAUUCAGUCAAUGGGUAACAUGAAAGUGAUCCUAUCACCCCAGCACCUGCUAUCGUGUAAUACCAGACGUCAGCGCGGCUGCGAUGGAGGAUACACUGAUCGUGCUUGGUAUUUUCUAAGAAAGAAAGGAAUCGUAACGGAUGAAUGUUAUCCAUAUAAAAGUGGAAUGGACUCCGGAAUGACGAUGAAGAAAGGACAUUGUAUGCUACCACCGCCAGACCAUUCACCUUGCCCCAACGAAUACGUGCACAGUGAUGCGUACAAAUCAACCCCUCCAUACAGAAUUGGUCAAGAGGAAAAUGAAAUUAA